UUUGAAUUUGGCCAGAGAUCCUCGCCCGUGGAGGCCAAGAUCAAAAAGGAUGGGGAUGUAAAGCCUCCUCCCAGGAGGAAAAUGGCUCCUCCCAGUGGCGGCGGGGAUAAUCAGCAGUUCUGUUUGCGCUGGAACAACUACCAAUCCAAUUUGACCAACGUUUUCGAUGAGCUCCUGCAAAGCGAAUCCUUUGUGGAUGUGACCCUCUCCUGCGAAGGACACUCGAUCAAGGCCCACAAGAUGGUCCUAUCCGCCUGUUCCCCCUAUUUCCAAGCCCUGUUCUACGACAAUCCCUGCCAGCAUCCCAUUAUCAUAAUGCGGGAUGUCAGCUGGUCGGAUCUGAAGGCCCUGGUGGAGUUCAUGUACAAGGGGGAGAUCAAUGUGUGCCAGGAUCAGAUAAACCCGCUGCUCAAGGUCGCCGAAACCCUGAAGAUCAGGGGUUUGGCGGAGGUGAGUGCGGGCAGGGGCGAUGGAGGGGCCUCCGCACAUCCCAUGUCAGUUUAUGACGAUGAGGAUGAGGAGGAGGAGAUGGCCUCGGCUACGGCUAUCCUGCGGCAGGAUGAUGAUCCCGAUCCGGAGGAGGAAAUGAAGGCCAAGAGGCCUAGGUUACUAGCCGAAGGAGCCUUGGACUUGAAUCAGAGGCAGAGAAAACGAUCUAGGGAUGGUAGUUAUGCCACUCCAAGUCCUUCAUUGCAAGGUGGCGAAUCAGAGAUCAGCGAGAGGGGUUCCUCCGCAACACCUGGACAAAACCAGAGCCAACCCUUGGCCAUGACCACUUCCACGAUUGUGAGAAACCCCUUUGCCUCACCCAAUCCCCAGACUUUGGAGGGCAGGAAUUCAAGUGUGGCUGGAAAUCAGAGGAACUCGCCACCUCCCCAGGGACACAGUAAUGGCAACCACAGUGGAGCCUCCAUGCACUCCCACCUGGAGGCGGCGGCGUCCCCGCCCAGUCCGCUCUGCCACCCCACAUGGCCGCCGCCGUGGCAGCCGCCGCCCAUCAUGCCGCCGUUGUGCCCCCUCCCCCGCCAGCCAACAUGCAUCAUCAUGCUGCCGCCGCCGCAGCCCAGCAAUUGGCCGCCCAGCAUCAGUUGGCCCACUCACAUGCGAUGGCCAGUGCUUUGGCCGCCGCAGCUGCAGCGGGUGGGGGAUCAGGGGGAGGAGCAGGAGGGGCAGGAUCUGGAGGAGGAUCGGGAGCCAGUGCUCCGACCGGCGGAGCAGGAGCCGCGGGAAGCGCCUCCGCCUCGUCAGUGGGAUCCCAUCACGAUGACAUGGAAAUCAAACCCGAAAUUGCUGAAAUGA